AUGCGUCCCCUAACACCACUCCUCACCCUUCUGCCCCUCCUCCCCUUCACAACCGCCCACCCAACCCACCAACUCCAAACCACAACCACCAGCACAACCAACACCACAACCGAACUCCGCGCCCUCCCCCUCGUAAUCUGGCACGGCCUCGGCGACCAAUACCAGAGCCCCUCGCUGCAACACCUAAUCAAAGUCGCCGAAGACGCCAACCCCGGAACCUACACCUACCUAAUCCACCUCUCCCCCAGCAGCGCCGGCGACCGCCAAGCAACCUUCCUAGGCAACCUCACAGAACAAAUCGCCUCGGUCUGCUCCCAACUCCUCCAGGACCCCAUCCUCUCCACCGCCCCGGCCAUCAACGCCCUGGGCUUCUCCCAAGGCGGGCAAUUCCUGCGCGGCUACAUCGAACGCUGCAACGUUCCGCCCGUCCGCACGCUCAUCACCCUGGGCAGCCAACACAACGGCAUCUCUCAAUUCCAAUCCUGCGCCUGGAACGACUUCAUCUGCCGGGGGGCGGAAGCCCUCCUCCGCUCCGGCCGAUGGUCAACCUUCGUGCAGGGCCGGCUCGUCCCCGCGCAGUAUUUCCGGGACCCCGAACCCAGCGAAAUGGAGGAGUACCUCAAGCAUAGCAAUUUCCUAGCAGACGUGAACAACGAGCGGGUGGUGAAGAAUGAAACGUACAAGGAGAAUCUAGGCAAACUGGAGAAAUUCGUCAUGUACAUGUUCGAAAAGGAUCGGAUGGUGGUACCAAAGGAAUCAAGUUGGUUUGGAGAGGUAGAUGGAGAAUCUGGCGGUGUAGUGGGAGUCAGGGAGAGGAGUAUCUACAAGGAAGAUUGGAUCGGGUUGAGGGAAUUGGAUGAACGGGGUGGGUUGGUGUUUAGAACACUCAAGGGCGGGCAUAUGGAGUUUGAUGAGGAGGAGCUGGUGGACAUCUUUAGAGAGUUUUUGGGACCCAUCGAGGUGGAGAUUCCCGAUGAUGAGGUCGAAAUUGAUGAGAGGGCGAAAUUGGUGAGCCAGGGAGGAUACUACUAG